AUGACUCAAGCUCAUUCAAAAUCUCACUUCCACCAAUUCUGGGAUGGGCUUCACAUAAACGGGAGCAGCGACAGCUUCGCCAUCGAGCUACUGCCGUCGCUUGGCGCAACCAUAAACCACUCCAAUAAGCUGAAGAAGUUCAUCAUAUCGCCCUACGAUCCCCGCUACAGAUUCUGGGAGCUGUUCCUCAUAGUCCUAGUUGUUUAUUCCGCCUGGGUUUGCCCGUUUGAACUGGCAUUCUUGAGGAACUUGCCGUCUAAGCUUGUGCUAGUUGAGAACAUUGUCAAUGGCUUCUUUGCCAUUGAUAUUGUUAUGACAUUCUUUGUAGCUUAUGUUGACAGUAAAACACAUCUUCUUGUGGACGAUCAAAAGAGAAUCGCAGUAAGAUAUCUAUCGACUUGGUUCAUAUUUGAUGUAUGUUCAACAGCACCAUUUCAACCCAUCAUCCUUCUGUUUACACACAAGGGAAAUGACCUUUCCUUUAAGGUACUCAAUCUGCUUAGGUUGUGGCGUCUUAACCGAGUCAGCACGCUGUUUGCCAGGCUGGAGAAGGAUAUCCGAUUCAACUAUUUCUGGACUAGGUGCUCAAAGCUUAUUUCUGUCACCCUCUUUGCGGUGCAUUGCGCGGGAUGCUUCAACUAUAUGCUUGCUGACAGAUACCCCUACCCAGAGAAUACAUGGAUUGGUGCCGUGAUGCCUGCAUUCAGAUCACAGAGCUUAUGGACUAGAUAUGUUACUGCUCUGUACUGGUCCAUUACGACGCUGACAACAACAGGCUAUGGGGACUUGCAUGCUGAGAACCCAAGGGAGAUGCUCUUUGAUAUUUUCUAUAUGCUCUUUAAUCUGGGUUUAACGGCUUACCUCAUCGGCAAUAUGACCAACCUGGUUGUUCAUGGCACCAGCCGCACCCAGAAAUUUAGGGACUCCAUAUAUGCAGCUUCAGAGUUCGCGGCACGAAAUCAGCUGCCUGUGAGCAUAAAGGAGCAAAUGCUCUCUCACUUCUGCCUACAGUUCAAGACAGAAGGCUAUAACCAGAAGACCAUGUUAAAUGGUCUCCCAAAAGGAAUCCGUUCAAGCAUAGCAUACAGCUUAUUCUUCCCAAUCUUGCGACGGGCCUAUCUCUUCCAUGGAGUAUCCAACAGUUUCAUUGCAGAACUGGUCAUGGAAGUGCAGCCUGAGUAUUUUCCACCAAAGGAAGAUAUCAUAUUGCAGAAUGAAGGGGCAGCUGAUAUUUACCUAAUAGUUUCAGGAGCAGUGAAUAUGAUAACAACCAUAAAUGGGAACGAGCAGGUAUAUGCAAAAGUUACGAAUGGUGAUAUGUUUGGAGAGGUUGGUGCUCUAUGUAACAUACCCCAGCCAUUUACUUUCCGCACAGCUGAACUGUCACAACUACUGAGAAUCAGCAGGACAAGACUCAGAGAGGCCAUUCAAAAUCACAGAGAAGACAAUGACAUCCUAAUGAACAAUCUAUUGCAGAAACUGAAGCUACCGGAAAAUUUACCUGAAGUGAACCAACCAGACCGAAGAUUCUUGAGCAAGUAUGACCUAUUUCAUAUACCUCGAGAAGAACAGAUGCUACAAUGGCCACACCAACAUUAUACAGAACAGAAAAGUAUAGAUCUUGGUAGCAAGGUUCCAAUAUCUGGAGAUGGUCCUGAUUCAAUGAAGUUACUCAGACAAGUGCCACAGCAAGAAGACAUCCAUAACAAGUCGAACUGCAAGUAUAGAUUAUCAGAUGGAAUGAUGAACAGAGAAGAGGAUCUCAACGAGGUUCGCAUAAAUUGUGAGACCAAAACAAGCGCUGAAGAGUUCUGUAUUAAAAUAAAAUCUGAAGACAAGACCACAGCAAGCAGUCAGCAAACAAUACUUACGAAAAUGCAGCCGGGUUCUCCACACAGGGCAUCCGAAAACAUAUCAAGGAGCAGAUAUCAAGAUUAUAGUGGCAUAAAAGCAGCCAAUAAAAGAGUUACAAUUCAUAUAUAUCCUCAUAAUGCAACAGGUUCUACGGUACAGAAUGGGAAGCUUAUCAACCUGCCUGGUUCGCUGGAGGAACUUAUCAAAAUUGGCAGACAGAAGUUCCCAGAUUUCCAUCCGACGAAAGUGGUCAGUAGAGAUCACGCUGAAAUAGAUGACAUUGGUGUCAUCCGAGAUGGUGACCACAUAUUCUUUCUUCAGAUUUAA